AUGACAGGUGAGCAUGGUCGGCCAGAAGUGAUUGUUGAAGGUGCAUAUGAACCGAAUGGUCCAUGGACGCCGUUUGAUUUUUAUGCAAAACCUGGCAAACUUGAUGAGGCUCCGCGAUUCAUAUGUAUAACUAAAUCGCCAAAAGAUUACUGGUCGCGCGAUUUCCGAGAAGCAUAUAUGCCGCCUAUUACUCGAGAGGAUCCUAGUUUCCUUAAUUUUCUACACGAAAACGGCUAUGUCCUCAAGGAAAGGUUUACUUUGAAAGAUCAAAAUAUUGGCUUGGAAAGGAAAAUACGGAAUUUACAUAAUUAUGUGCGAACGUUGGAUCCGUCAACAUUUGUCGAUUCUCUUAUUGUUACGCAUGCCGCAAUUGUUUUAUUCUCUUAUUUAAAUUUUAAUAAGUGA